AUGGCCAAGGUGGCAUUCAUCGCAAUGUGCGUGCUGGUGGUGGUUGGGCUUGGUGCCUGCAGGCCAGACCCACCUGCCUUCGUUCUCGUACCCAAAGCAUCAGUGUUGACGGAAGGCCGGUCCUUCAUACCGUUCCCAUCAGCCAAGAAGUCUUCAAGUGCUCCUAUCACUCCCUCGUCCUUCUCCAGACAUUUGCCUCCGCCAGCUGUGGGCAGGAAGCGUCCCGGCUUUGAGUACCUCCCGCCGUCAGCUGCUGAGAUACACUCAAUACGUUCCAAGUAUUUACCACCUAUGCCUGAGGAAUCGUCCGGCUCUAAGUACCUCCCGCCGUCAGCUGCUGAGAUACACUCGCUACGUUCCAAGCAUUUACCACCUGAGGAAUCAUCCAGCUCUAAGUACCUCCCGCCGUCAGCUGCUGAGAUACACUCGCUACGUUCCAAGUAUUUACCACCUAUGCCUGAGGAAUCAUCCGGAUCUAAGUACCUCCCGCCGUCAGCUGCUGAGAUCGGCUCACCACGUUCCAAGUACUUUCCAUUUACGCCUGAGGAAUACAUCGUGUAA